AUAGCGCAAAGCACAGAUAUAUGCUCAUUGAAUGUAUGCAAGUUUAAUAACAUAUUUGAUCAAAGUACCCGGUAAAAUGAUAAAAAACGAUAGAAGGUUUACAAUCCAUAUUACAUCUACAGUUAAAAAAAUCUUGAGGACAUGUACCGCUAAGCAAACGAAUGAAGGAGUACCUGUCUAAGAGUCCCUGUCGACUAUUUUCCACCUCAGUGCAAUAGUUUGUUUACAGCACCAGCCUCGGAUCUUGAGCUCGCCAUACUACUCCAUGUGCGCUGGAAGUAAUCUUUAAUACCUUCGAGAUUGCUCUUCUCCAAAAAUGUUUGUUAAAUUUUUGAGACGGAGAAGCUCCAGUUAAAUGAAAUAGUAUAAUUUGUUUUCCUUAGGGUCCAUGAAAUUUCCUUCUUCACUUUCUGUUUUUGCUCUCCUCCGUGGAUUGUUGUUCUUUCUGACUGUUAUCCAUUGUGGAUAUCCCAGAGUACUCCGCGUUGAGUGAGGCAAUAGUAAAACUGACCGGGGAGGGGAUGGGAGAAAUUGUAAAUAACCCCCAAAGCGAUUAAGUUAAGGUCGAAACCAACCAAUUUAACUUCUAAAAACGCCUGGUAACCCCUACUUUUUAUCUUACCAAAUGGAAGUAAUAAGCCUCCUCAGCAAACGAUCAAUUUUUGGUUUGGGGAAAAUGUCGUUUACACUAUUUUUAAGGCAAACGCGUGGAGAGGGGUAACUGCAGAUAACUUCCUAGUUGUGCUGGUAUUUCAAAAAAAGACGUAUAAAGAGCAGUUGUUAUGUCAUCAUUUGUUGCUUAUUUUGAGACCUUGUUACAAUUAUCAUUGCAUUUGUGCACGUUCACGUGUACACUCUGAAAUUUGCGAAAAAAAUGACUUUUUAUCAUUUUUCUCAAAAAUGCCUAUUCAGCGUUUUUCUCCAUAUUGAAGCGCAAUUAUCUCGGAAAAAUGCGUAGUUAGGGCCAAGUCGCACUAGAGGACAAUUUCAGAUUUUUCCAGGACAAAUCUGACUUGAAAUCGGCCAGUGACAAAAAAUUUGUCCGGAAAGCUACAGUCGCACUUGAGAACAAAAUCUGUGAACAAAAAACUACUUUCGAAGGCUCUUACGAAUGAACAGAGAAAGCUUUGAUUUGUUGCUCAACGUAAUUCGUAACCGGCUGACGAGACAGAAUACAGUUUUGCGAAAUUGCCUCACUCCUGAAAAGGUCCUUGCUUGUGGUUUGCUUCGCCUUGCACACGGAAAUUCAUACGAAACAAUAGGACCUGCGCUAAACGUCGGCAGAACUACAGCAAUAGAGGCUUGUCAAGACGUGGUUGAGGCUCUUUAUGACUUAAGGAAUGAGUACAUCGAAUUCCCAACAACAGUGGCCGAGACAAUGAGGUGUAUAGAGACAUUUACGGACAAAUCAGGACUUCCAAACAUUGUUGGGGCCAUAGAUGGCACUCAUAUCAAAAUAGUUGCUCCUAGAGACAGUGCUGUUGAUUAUUUUAGUCGAAAUCAGCAACAUGAUUUCAUUAUUCAGGCCGUUGCUGACGGUAAGGGAUUAUUUCUUGACUUUGCAGCGGGUUAUCCGGGAAGUAUCCACGACGCUAGGGUAUAUCGAAACAGCUCGCUUUAUCUAAGAGCAAGCAACGGAGAUAUACUCAAGGAACCCGUUGAAAGAAUCGGCAUCACAGAUAUUCAGCCUUACCUGGUAGGAGACAGCGCAUACCCUAUUUCCCCCUGGCUUAUGAAGCCUUAUCCUGAAGCGACGCGUUACCCUGGCGAGAUAACAUUUAACAAGGAACUGUCGUCUGCACGAGUAACCAUCGAGUGCGCUUUUGGCCGCCUCAAAAGUCGUUGGCGAAUUCUACAAAAGCGGUUGGAUAGCAGAAUAACUUUUUCUGUGAAGAUUGCCAUUGCUUGUGCAGUGCUGCAUAACUUUUGCAUUAAAAUUGGGGACGAAUGGGAGGAUGAUUUUUACGAUGACCAUGAUGACCGCGGAAACGAACCGAACAAUGACUUCAUGCAGGACGGGGAAGAUAUAAGAGAGUUGCUAAAAAACAGUCUAUGAUUCUUCAAAUCCCUUUUUUUAAUUAAAUCCCUUUUUUUAAUUAUUUAAUCCUUCGAACUUAAACUUAUACUGUAUUUGAUAUUUCACAAAGAAAAUAGAAGAAAAUCAACGAGAAAAUACUAUAAAAAUAUUGCAUUGUAAUUUGUGCUCAACAUGCGAUUGUUGAAUCAUAAGAAACGAUUUCCAUCACCGUAUUGAAUUUUCCUGCAAUUUUACAGACAUUUAUUGUUCAGAUUUUUAAAGAGAAGUGUGUGAUAAAGAUAAUUUUUGCAUUUACAACAAGAAAUCAGUUCAAGCAGUACAUUCAUUUGUUUCCAUAAUUUCGUUUGAUCGAUUCGCAACAUAAACAAUAACAUGUCUUUUGAUAAUGGUCGAUAAUGAUUGUCUCCCAAUAGUCCAAAACAGUCUUGAAUUAAAGUUCAGUUGUCUUUCUCAUUCUGUUGGCCAAGGGUUUUCACAAUGGAGCCCAUAAAUCGGUUCAUCAUGGCUAGCUGCUGCGUCUGUGAUUGUUGCAAAGAAUCCAUAAAUGCUGCAACUUUCUCCCCCUGCUGCCUCAUAUCCUUUAGAACCAUCUUGAACUCUUCGUCGCCGUCAUUAACAGGAGCUUUGCGUUUCGAAGCUCGUUUCCCUUUCUUUGACGCUCUUCUCUUUUCAGCUGGAGUUUGUGGCACAUUGGGGCUAGAUGAAGUACUGUUCUCGCCAGUAGUAUCACUUGAUUCAGCUACAACUUCGGGGGCACUUUCGCCGCUGAUCCCCGCUUCGGCUACAUUAUUGAAGGCUACUAGGUCGCGGCAUCCAAGGAUCUUAUCGACCUCAUCGUAGUAGACGGAUUUCCUAAGGUUUCCUCCUGUUUGGUUUUUGUUCCAAUCUUUUGCAUUCUUGUAUCUUUCUAUGAUGUACUUCAUUUUCCGAAUACAUUUGUCGGCCGUCUUGUUGGACUGUAGCGCUUUCGAAAUCUUCUCGGCGAUCCAGGCCCACGUUUUCCUGCACUCUCUGCUUUCCAACAGAUCGUGUUUUUCAGCCCAUAGUUGGACUAACAGUUUUUCCUCAUCUUUAGUCCAUCGUUCCUGGGCCUUCUUGUUCUCGGAAGAUGUACGGCGCGAAGAAGUUUGGGAUGAUUCCGGCAUUGAGCCGUCUUCGACGAACGGAAAGGAUUCUGACAACGAGCCAGAACUUGCGGUUGAAGGAGAUGGGCUUGGAGUUCCUCGAUCAUUAAAAUUGUAAGUGCUAGGCAACGGAUAUAUCCAUCCUGGUGGAUAUUGAGGAUAUUGUUGCCCCAUUUCAUACGGAAAGUAUUGGUUGCCCGCGCCUGGAUUCAUGUUGUUGCGAAAUGAGAACGUGACUAAUUUUGCCGCGAAGUCUAUAGCAUAGAGACUCUGCUACAUAUCACCUGUCAAAUCAUUUCCGAAUUAAAACACCCUCGCUAUUGUUUUCCAAAAUUUGUCUCAAUUUGGCCUGCUCCAGAGAUAGUCGACGGCAUCUUUGAAGUUUGUCCGCCCGCGACCAAAUUUUGUCCUUUGGUGAACAAACCGGUCGCACUUGGUUUUUCAUUGUGAUGACAGAAUUUGACAGAUUUUUGACAUAAAUAAACAGUUUUGUCCUCUAGUGCGACUUGGCCCUUACCUUGGAUUUCAAUAGCCCCUGAUAUGAUCUACUUGUCUCACGUGGUCAUUAUCUGGGAGAAAAAAAACUUCCCAUUAGUGGGCAUCGUCCUUAAUGGAUGGAGCCCAGAGGGGCGCACGCGCAGGAUGUAGCGUAACUAUAGACAAUUUAUUGAUUGACAGAACUGUGACCUUAGAUUGUCAUCGGCGAAAGGGUAACCUGAGUAUGGCGUGGAUUGAGGGCGUACGACUCGGUAGAACAUGGUUGGUUGGAGGAGAUGAUGAUCCUGCAUAGAUUCCCUGUCCGGUUAUCAAGGACAGUAGAGAAGUUAAGCAAGGGCUAGAGCACAAGGUUGGUGGCGACUACAAAGAAAGGGCGGGAGACAUCUGAGCCAGUCAGGUUUCUCAAUGGCCUACCCAAGGGUGACGCUCUCUGUCCCAUGCUCUUCAAGGUUUGUUUGAAUCCCAUCACAUGGAAGAUCAGUUCGAGUGAGGGCUAUAAACUAUCUAAGCCCAUCAGUGUAAAGGUAACAGACCUCUUGUAAAUUGAUGAUCUAAAGAUCUUUGCGUCUUCGAAGAGUAAACUAAACCGUGUUAUGGAAUCAACCAAGAGCGCGAUGGAGAAUGUCGGACUUCAGUGGAACCCCAAAAACGGUACAUACCCAUACCCAUGAUGCCUCGGGGCUAAGGGAGGGUAGAUGAGAAAUAUCUGUGUUUCCGACCUUGAAGAGGGUAAUCAUUACAAGUUCUUGGGUGUUUUAGAGACGGUGAGGCAAGAGGAGAGGAUGUCGUUGGAGUGCGCAGCUAAGGAGUUUCUGCGUAGAAUGUCUAUCAUUUGGUCAAAUCCCUUGUCUGAUCACAACCGUGUAACAGCCUCGAACCAAUUUGCAUUACCAGUGUUAGGCUACCUAAUGUGGACACAACAAUGGCCGGUGACAGAGUUCAAAAAGUUAGAUAGAGAAGCUCGCAAGAUAGUUGUUGAGAAUGGUGGGAAACAUCCCAGCCGUUCAACUGCCAUUCUACUGAUACAUGUAAAGAGAGAAGGGAGGUAGAGGUCUGCGCUCGAUCGAGGAGGAGUGCAAAGUGAUGAAGAUAAAGGCUGCAGUAAGUUAUAUAGAAAUGGUGACCCAGCCAUGGCGAUGGUUCGUGAGCUUGAAGAGAGAGUAGAAGAGUUAGGUCAUAGCUCGUUAGUUAAGGAGGCAGCAAGGUAUGCAGAGGAGAUGAGCCUCCAGUUGGAGCUGGAUUACCCAAACCUAACCUUCAUAAAGCAUGAUAGUGGAAAGGUGACAACAGCAGAGAAACUGGUGGUAGAGAUGUGAAGGUGUUUGGAAUAGAAGACACGAGAAGCGGCGCAGGGACAAAACUGGCAGGGGAAACUAAUCUCCGCGAGAAUUGAAGACGACAGCCUUAAUUUCGAUGGCUGUUUCUGGUGGCUAAGCGGUUGGAAACAAUGUCCAACACAUACAGUGGUGGGGAUGUUUGAGCUCUACGAACAGUUAUUACCCACAAGGUUGUAUGCCUGCCAGAAAACGCACACGGAUAUGACGGGUGAGGUAACGUGCAGGCUAUGUAAUAAGGCCCCUGAAAGUGUCGCCCAUGUCCUAGCUGGUUGUACUGCCCUUGCACCAGUGCCAAGCCAGUGUACGAGGCGAACAAUGCGCAAGCGUUCUGGGAUGUCCCUCUAUUUGCGGAGCACUAAGAAGUUACAGCCAACAGAGUUGAUGCUCGCAUUGUCAACCACGGGUCAAAGCGAGUCAUAACGCUUGAGAUGAGCUGCCCAUGGCUUACAAACCGGGAGAAAAACGAGGAGGAGAAAACCACGAAGUACGGAGCGCUCCGUUGGGAGUUAAACCAGAAGUACUAAGGAUAUGAAGUGAAACAAUAUAAUAUCACAAUGGACGUGUCGGAUGGUGCCGAGAGUUAGAAGUCAAGCUGAAGGAGAUGGUCGGAAGUAAGAGUAAGGGAGUUCUUUAUAACAUGCGGAAGGCUGUACUCUCGGGAACAAUAAACAUCUCCUGAACGUUUAGAGUUGCAACAUGAACAAUGAAUAUCACUUUCGAAAUUAUUAACUCUCUUCCUUCAACAUCUGUUGGACCCACCUUAAAGUUAUGAAGUAAUGACAGUGAAUUUUUUACAGCCGAAUAUAGGUAAUAUAUUAAAGAGAACUUUAAAGACUCGUCACGCUAUUUUAACUGUAUAUAGCAUACAAAAGUUUUAAUUACUGCAUAACAAUAAAACAAGCAUGAAGAAUACUCAGUCGCCAAAAUUGGAAAAGCAAAACAAAACUGUUGGAAAAGUGAAAUUAAUCUGUAUUUAGCAGAGACCUCCAUUAAGCGGACACUAGCGAAGGUCCCUUGGGUUUCCACUUGAUGCAGGUCUCACUGAACUAUAUAAAGCCCUGUUGAAGUAAAACAAAUAAUACACACUGGCAAAGGACUUUACAGCAGUUUGUCACAACUGGCAAAGAUAAUCCUUUUUAGUGCCAACUAAAACACUUACAACGCUAAGAGUUAAUCAGAAGAAAAUUACCAGCUAGAACACAAUGCAAUAAUCUGUUCGUACUGGUAAUGUCCAUGGCAAGACUAGUGUUGCCAUGGAAUAUUACUACUGGACUGGUAAUGGCCAUAUUUUAAAACGUCUUUUAUAUUCAUUUACUUUGAAUUUCAGAGACACCAAACAUCACACAUCCAAUGGCAAACGCUGUAAGUGACAACGAGGGAAGGCUAGUUAACAUCAGUUGUAGGGCUACAGGAAAUCCAGACCCAGAUGUAAGGUGGAUCCAUAACGGAAAGGUGAAAAGUUCUGGUGCCAGAACAGCUGAGUUAAUCUUCGGAAAAGUCGGAAAAGAGGAUACAGGAAUGUACAUAUGUGAAGCAAAUAACUCCUUUGGCCGGGCAGAAAAACAACUGUAUUUUAUAGUUAACUGUGAGUACUUCCUGCAAUUGGUUACGUUUCAUAGUGUUUUAUUUGUUAUGAUUUAUUGAAUUGACUCUCCUUGAAUUACUCAAAGUUCCAACGGAAACAGUUUCAGGUGAGAUUUAUCGAGCCACUUCUCAUAAAUUGCUGUUAGUAAAUGUGUUGUAUGAAUGAAAUUAUUAUACAUUCAGUCAAAGGGAGAGUAUAUAGAGAAUUGUGUCGAUCUUGUAGGGUGUAUAUCAUAUUCACCCUCAUCCAAUUAUUGCCAAAAAAUAACAUUAUCGUCACCAACAGUGAAAGUACCACGAUGAAAAAACAAAACUCCGUUUACCACAGAAGUUUUGUUAUAGCCUUCCUGCUUCUUAAAGUGUAUGUAAAAGAUGGUCAAUUUGGCGCUUCAUUGACUGGUUAUCGGCCAUGUGACACGUCAGGUGACAUGAUCCUAUUUCGCAUGAACAAGUAAAGCUCCGUCUUACACCAUUCUGCCCGCACGCUCAAGAAUUGAUAAAGAAAUUUUAUCGAUGAGACAUUGCCAUUAUAUUUCUCAACCAUUUAAUAUACAUUCGCCAUUGACUGUUCAUAAACUCGAUGGAGACAUCCUCAGUAUGCUGUGCUUUCCUUGUAUUGUUGUUACUUCCGCAUGCAGGUAGGUACUUUCUUCUCUCUUUGUUUUACUUAUUUACUCAUUGAAUACGCUAGACGCAGGUGGUAGUUAAAUAAGAAACAGUCAAGAGUACUGAGGGAUUGUUCUGUUAAUAUUUCGACUGUUUCUAUCAGCACGUAGUUAGGUCGGUGCAUUAUUAAAAUUAUUAUUCAACAGUUUUCGCUCAUAACGUUGCAUCAUAAAUUUGCAAAACCUGAAUGCCAAACUCCCUGUCAAAACAACAUCGCUCGGUUAAAUCUGCCUAGAACUCUUUACAUGUUCGACAUCAACGUCUCUUUAGCUAAACUUAUUCUGAAGCAGUCCGAGCUUGAUUGAGACCAUUUGGACAAUUAUAUCGAAACCAAAAUCUUUGUGUACCGCUGAAAGCAGGGUCUCACACUUUCGUUACCCGGAGUAACGCAAUGUAACGAAUAAUAACACUAAAGCGUCUUCAGCGAAAUAGUCAGCUUAGCAUAUUAUCCUCUACUGUAAUUCAUUUUCAGGAGGUAAAGCUUACAACUGCUCUUUUAUCAAUGCUAAACUAUGGAAUAUCUUAUAUAAAUCUCUGUUUCUUAAUCUGCAGUGAAUUUAGGAGUUUUAUUCUGUAUAAAUUCCAACUUAAUGUCUUAACAUGUUAACAUUAAAAAAUGAAACUUUGAAAGUCAAUGUCAUCGUCCACUUUAAAACAGCUAAUGCUUAAUAUGUUCUGUACAUGUAAUAGAUCAGACGUUGGUGGUGCAAUUCAAGUCACCAUACCAAGGAAAAAUUGUGACAGGAGUGAUUGGUCAAUCUGUGACAUUUCAGUGGAAAUUUUCUGGUAGAGUUGAUGAGGUAAUUUGGGCAUUGAAGAGAGAUGGUGUGAAUCUAAUUGAUCAAAGAAAUGGACUUUAAGCAGCUUUAGAUAGACGUGGUAUUGAUUUAGUUUCACCUGGAUUAGUCCCUGAUGUAUACAGAGGUCGUGUGAAUGAAAAUCGUACCGGUGACUCAUCUUCGGGUCUGGCCAGCUUCAAGCUCCAUAAUCUUACCAAAGAUCACGCGCGGAUUUAUGGAUGUGAACUAAGUCCUGAUGACCCAAACCAAGCGCCAACAAUUGACUUAGUCCAAUUGCUUCUUUUAGGUAUGUACCUUAAGCGGAAGGACUCAAGAUGAGGUUUUUAAACAUUUUCUGUGGUUAAAGGUGAAAACUAGGACUAGUAAAACUAUGAGGAUUCUGACAUCUUUCUUCAACUGAUCGGAAUGCUUGUUUUUACAUUUCAUACUUCGCUUUUAUCGUUUAUCUAUUUAAAUUAUUUGCCAUUUUUUAAAAAAAAAAAAAAGACAGAAGACACAGAACUGUUUUAAUGAACAUCAAAUCAGUUGUUUUGCUGAGUAUUUUAAAGGUGAUAUGGUUCUUUUCAACCAAAUGUUUUGCUUUAAGUAGGUGGAAUAUGACCGUCCAGGUGGGUAUAGUCCUGAGAAAUACUGUUGUUGUCAGUAACUGACGUUUGCACAAUCAGUGCUGUAGUCAUCUUCUGUAUUAAAGUGUGUUUUAUCAUGUUAGUUGACGGUAAAAAGUAACCUGUUGGUCAAUUAAGGCGCUAUAAAGUUGUUCGUCCGUCAAUGACAUCGCAAAUUAAUUGACCAGUCAGGUCAGUAAUUAUGAUUCAAGCCAUUCAUCGAAUAUUUACCGUUGAAAAACAUCAUGGCAUUACGACACUAGCGACAAAUUGACUCUCUCUUAUCGUUCCCUUUACUUUUUGUUUUUGAAAUGAAAAAAAGUGACUUACUGUUAAUCCGCAUAUUUAUUACAAAUCGCUUUUAGCUUUACAGAGGUACCCACCAUCACCUAUCCAACUGUAGAAAAUGCAAGUUACAAUAAAGGGAGUCAUGUGAACAUCACUUCUGCAGCAACAGGAAAACCAGCUCCAGAAGUGAGGUGGGCCCACAAUGGACAUGAAAAAACUUUUGGCCAAAAUACAGCUUAUCUCAUUUUAUUGUAAAACCAAGAAGAGAGAUGCAGGCAUAUACACUUGCUUUGCCAACAACAGUGUAGGACAGAAAGAGAAACAACUGAAACUUUUAGUUAACUGUACGUACGACUCAGUUACCAUUAAUCAUGAGGCCACUCUGAAUAGCAUCUCUUGCACUACUACUUCAGUGUCACGAGCUAAUAAGCCUGCAGGACAUUACUGAGUAUUUUCCUGCAAAGCUUGAUUGGAGUGCACACUUAUAUAAGCCCUUUACUUUUAUUGAAUUCAUCCUGGGAACUUGUAAUUGACUAGCCUUUGUAACUGAUCCCCUUAACCAACGCGGUGGUAGUGACAUUUGUUGUACUUCAAGAGUAGGCGUCAUCAAUUCUCGAGUAGACCUCCAUCUGUUUAAAUGACAUCUGCUAAAUAACAAUUGCAUUAUUUAACACUCGCCUUACUCGUUAUUUGAAAUUUUAACCACUAUUCUUGGCCACCCCAAUCGACGUCAAUUCGCCUCAAUCACUGUGACUAUCACGAUUGUACCACAAUGAAUAACUGAAAGAGUCAUUUCCCAAAUAACAGACUUGACAAUAAUUCGCAGUCAAUGUUGCCAGCAUUGGGCGCUGCGGUAAAAAGGAUGAAAGGAAACGACAUUGUUUUUAUGACGAGCAAGCAAGUUUAGCUUUUCCCAGAAUGCAAUAAAUUGAAUGAAAAAAGGCCGGGCUUUCCCGUGACCGUGACAAUCGAGAGAUUAGGAGCCAUGAAUGCACCCAAGAUCGUGACCUCAUAUCUACCAUAAACAUUGACAUGUGAUAUAUGUUUAGAUGCCUGCAGAACCAGUCCAGUCUGUUCAUAUAUCCGAGAACGACUAGUGAAAUAAAUUGGCUCGAUCGAACCAUACUUUCCAACAAAACAUAUUUUUAUUAAUUGAUUGUGUAUUUGAUGUUCAUGGACUCGACGCAGACAUCUGCAGAUAAAUGCUGUAUUUUCCUUGCAUUGUUGUUUCUUCCUCAUUCAGGUAUGUGGUGCUUUUCUUUCCUGUUUCUUCAAUUAAACAUCGAAAACGCAAAAAUAAAAAGGUUUUUAGGUUAUGUUUAGCUUCUCGUAUUUUACUAAAGUCAACGUUUUCGGAAACAUGCAUUUAGAUAGAAACUAGCAUUAUUCACAAGCGGAUAAGCCUAUAAGCUUGCUGCCAAAAGUGCGUUGGCGUUUUGCCAUCCUUAAUACUUGUAGGUUAAAUUUACCUAAAGCUUUUAAUAUUUUUCAUUCAAUCUAUUUAUUGCCUAAACAUAUUGAGACAAUUCGAAUCGGGUACAGAACAAUAAGGAUAGAUAUUUAUAUGGAAACCGGAAAAUGGAAACUGAAACCUUAGUGUACCGCUGAAGGCCGCAAUGCGAUUUGACCCUCUGCCCAAGGGACACAAAGUAACGAAACGUCACUUUAUGGCAAAGAUAGUUUUACCUUUGUUAAGUUUGAUUAAUCGCUUUGCACUUCCCUGAUGAAUCAGAAAUAAAUGAAUAUUGACAUUUUGGUCUGAAUUUAAAUUUAAUUUUAAAGUAAACUUAAUUCUCAAUUGAAAGUUUCUUUGGAGAAAAUCUUUUAUAAUCUCUUCAUAUUAUGUUUUCCUUUUGAUCUUUGAGCGCUAGAAUUGCAAUUCGGAAGCCCCGAGUUCAAUCUGUGUCUUUAAACCCCUGACUGGAUCUUGUGCUCGGUAGAUCCUUAACAUUGUUAUGUUUAUUUCACGUAGUUAUUAUUGUCCUUAUUUGUGGGUCUCAAUAAAAAUUACUGGGUCACCAGCAAUUGUUCUAACCCUGUUUUAAACAUGUACAUCUAUCUUUCUAAGAGAAGUUGAUCAGUUCUUGUGUUACAGGUCAGAUGCAGUUAUUAUUCAAGUCUCCAUAUCAUUGGAAAACUGUGACAGGAUGGACUGGCCAUUCUGUGACCUUUACUUGGACGUUUUCUGGAGCAGUUGACACAGUAACCUGGGGAAUAAAGGAAGCUGGUGCAAAUGCCAUUGACUAUAAAAAUGGCUUAUUAGUAGUUAUAGAUAAGCGUGGUGUCGUCGAACUCUCAUCUCAAUCAGUCCCUAAUGCAUACAAAAGUCGUGUCAGUGGAAAUCGUACUGGUGACUCUUCUUCUGGUCAGGCCAGCUUCACACUCAGUAAUAUUACAAAAGAUGAUGAGAGAUUUUAUGGAUGUUCGAUUAAACCUGAUGACCCAAAUCAAGGGCCAGAAGUUGACUUUGUGCAUUUAAUUCUCGUAGGUAUGUACCUUAAUGAAAGGGUUCAGAGAAGAGAAUGCCCAUUUUAAGGUAUUUCCGAUGUAGUUUUUCAGAGGCCAUACCGAUAUUUUUCAAUCGCCUUAAAAGUGGUUUAUUCCUUGUCUGAUCGUUAUAAAAUUUUGAGCGAUUGAAAAAUAUCGGUAUGGCAUCUGAAAAACUAUAUCGAAGCACCUUAAAAGCAUUAUAUUGUCGAGUUUGGUUUAAAAUAGAACUGUAUUUUGAAUUAUUUUCCAAAAUAAAGUAAUCUUUGCAAGCACACUUUGUGUAGGUGACCGAAGUAUUCUUGUUAAAUAACUACCUCGCCUUAAUGGUUUGUUAGUCAUUACUGAUUUGUGAUUGGUGGAGUUCGAUCCAUUUUGUGUUUUUCUGUGGUAGAAGGUUUGUUGAUCGUAAAUAUGAUUAAGGGGAAGCAAAAAUGCAAUUGUGAAGUUGGAUUUUCAACUCCAGAGUUCCCGUGUUAUUGAAAAGCAGAGUAAAGCUAAUACUUGUUACAUUUUAACUCAUCGUUGUGCUGCUCAUCCUUACCACGUUUACGCCAGUAACCCCAUAGCAAAAUUCAAACAUAAGAAAGCUACACAAGCAGACAAAAGUUUACAUGAAAUAAUAAUAAGCCUUGGAAGUUAUAGACUCCUAGCGAUCCAAAACAAUUUAAGCUAAAGGAUCAAAAACCGCGUCAAUUACAGAUAAAAUGAAGUUAUUAAAAAAUGUUUAAAUAAAAACAGAUUAUUAGAAGGCCAUAAGCCACUACUUUCAUACCUUAACGAAAUUUUUUGAUCUUAGAGUCGCAAGAAUUGGCUUUAAGUUCAACAAAAUUUUGGAAGAGAUUUACAGGAAUUAAUCGAUCAACCAAUUUUUCUCCUGACUACUUUAUAUGUAUAAUCAUUUCCUUUUUCCCCUUUAUCUGGCGCACAAAUAAAAUAUGGAACCUAUUAUAAAUUUUCAUGGAUCUAGCUAUUUAGGCUUAACCAAAUCGUGCACUGACCGAUGAUUUUCAACUGCUUUUUAUGUUGUUGAACCAUUGAAAAAGCUAAUACGUAAACUGCUUCUAACUUUA